AUGCCGCGACCACCAACUGUGGUAUGCUACAUUUGCCAACGUGAAUUCGGCACCGCCUCCAUCGGCAUCCAUGAGAAGAAUUGUCUUAAAAGGUGGCGCGAGGCUAACAAUAGGCUACCACCCUCUGAACGUCUCCCUGAGCCUAUAAAGCCAGCUAAUCAUCUUUCCAACGCUCCAGACACCCAAGUUACAGCUAGCACACCUGUGGGUUUCGUAGACAACCGACAGAUCAAAACCACCGGUGAAGAUCCCAACCUAGAGAUUUACAACACUGUUGCCGCCCAAACAAAAACCCUCACCACCUGUCCCAAAUGCGGUCGUCAUUUUGCAUCCGAUCGACUUAAAGUCCACCAGGCACACUGUAAACCUUCGCCCAAACCUGCUCGUCGGCACACCUACGAGGCGCGUAGACCCGACGUGGAGGUUCAACUCCUUCACACCCCUUUAGGAGGCAAAGCUUCCGUUCCCAAAAGCACCAUUAAACGAACAACUAAUAAUGAUGAUGGUCUUGUCGCGUGUAAAACCUGCGGUCGAACUUUUGCUUCUGACCGAAUUGAACGUCACCAGACCGCGUGCCGUGUCACACCUGCCAAACCGACAGGACGCAGACGUUCAACCUCAAUAAACCAAGCGCAGCCGAGCCAGACUGUGCUGACUUGCGGUAGCUGCGGUGCCAAAGUUACUGCGGGAGAGAAGUUUUGCUCGCGCUGUGGAACCCCGCUACCUCCAAUGUGCUCACAAUGCGGUACCCUUCUGGUCGAGGGAGUUAAAUUUUGCUCCAACUGCGGUCGACCAGUUCAGUCGAACAGAAAUAACGUCAAUUUGAGAAAAAUUCCGACCUUGCGGAAAACCCAACGGUGCAAGAAGCCCACCGAAUCCCGAUGA